AUUGAAAAUAUUGUUUCCUUAUCAUUGUCACACAAUUUGUUAUUUAUAAACAUUGGACAUUCCCCAUUCGCGGGUUUUCGAUUUUGGAUUUGGUCACUAUUUCUGAGUCAAAUACUGACGAUUUACGACGAACAUCAACGGCAAUAUGGAUUUCGAGGAAUCAUUCAUCAACGCUCAGGAUUUCGACAGUCUCGUCCAAGUGGAACAGGCGCAGGAGAUGAAAGAGAGCACCACUACGACUCCGCCUCCAGUCGCCAACAAACGGGGACGCAAGCCCGGAAAGAAGUCCAGCGACAAAGUGGACAUCAGAGCCAAACUAGAGAGGAGCCGGCAAAGUGCCCGGGAGUGUCGGGCAAGAAAAAAGUUACGUUACCAAUACUUGGAGGAGUUGGUGACAGACCGUGAAAAGGCGGUCAUAUCUCUGCGACAGGAACUGGACAAAUACAGAACAUGGUGUGUCGAAGUUGAUGAAGGCAGGAUUCCAGAAGGUUUGCCGGGGCUCUUGGACGAAUUAGGAGCUGUGAAACAAGAAUCUGCUGGCGGUGUACUUAUCAUGUAACAUUUUAUUAUUAUUUUUAUUGUUUGUGCCAUUGUUUCCAUUACAUAAUAUGGGUUUUUAAUUUUUUUCUGAAGAUUUUCAAUUUAUUAUGUUAAAAUAUUUAAUAUUACAAGUAUAUGAUAAUGUUUUGUUUACAAAUAAUUAAUAUUUGAUAUUUAAUCUUAACAAGUAAAAUAUACUUUACUUAUUCA